CAGUGUGAGUAGUGAGAGUUAGUCGGACUAAAGUUCACAGACACUCGUCUGUACUUGAAGAUACAAUUGUGUCGCGAAAAAGUACGAUGCGAGCACGAUUGAAAGAAGCGUGAGUGUAAAUCAAAACCGAACCUCGUCUCAAGCAACACUGAAAUCCGUAAUACCUCACGGCGAGAUUUGAGAAGCGUAACGCGCUUAGUGUCAGCUGACAAACCCACAGCGAGAAUUAAGCCCCCAACCUGCUGAUAACAUAUAUAACUAACAACAAAUACCCAGCCGUCAAGGCAAAACAAAUGUAAAGAACGGGAGAAAAAAAAACGAACAGUAAUUAGUUGAUUUUAAGAAACUUAUUUUCACGUAUUUCAUGUGAGCGGCCGCAAUCGCAACGGCCAACAACCAACUCAAAAACACAAACACCUUCGUUCAUCGUAGCAAAACAAACAAAACGAAAAAUAAUAAUAAUUAAUACUGGAGCAGAAAUAGCAACAAAAAUAAUUAACAACAGCAAAUCAUUGGUGGUUGGGUGUAGUGGAAUUGCUGCUGCCAACGCCAGCGUAAAAGGGGCCUUCUGCUCCCAACAAACACUCGGAAAGCAAGAACAACAGCAACAACAGCAAAAUACUCCCUCCCGCAUGAACUGAACAGACACACACACAUACGGCCGAAAAAUGGCAAGAGAUCGAUUGCCAGAAUUAAUACAGCGUUCCAAAAGCUGCAACAGUAAUCAAUCCAAUGGUGCCUCGGAACAACAGAGCAAAAGCCUGGAAGCUGCCAUAACAAUGCAACAGAAUACACACGUCGAUGACAUCUUGAAUCCGUAUGGAGAGAUACGCACACUUCUGGCUCAAUUAGCAGCGAAUUUAGAGACGAUGACGCGUAUGGUACAACCUACGGCCAUUAAAAAUGCUGACAAUGAAAUGGAAGAGCUGCGCAAACAAAACAUCCGCCUGGGUAACAUUCUGAUGACCAAAUUCCAAGAAUUUCGUGCCAAUCUACCGCCCGAGAACGACUAUAGCCUGGAGUCGCGCAUGAAGCGUACCCUGUUCUAUGGCCUGCAUCAGAACUACAUCGACAUCUGGCGAAAGAAUGAACAAUUCCUACACAACUAUGAGACUAAGCUGAAGCAGCAUUUGCAGCUGCAAUCGAAAAUAAUCAAUUGCAAUGCCACAGAGGAGGAAAUCGAAGAGCUGAUUAGCAAUAAAACAACGAGUCUAUUUGUGGGCAAUAUUCUGGAAGAAACUGAAAAGGAGCGUAAAAAGCUGAGAGAUCUGAUAGAUCGUUUUAGUGAACUGAAGAAACUGGAAAAGUCAAUCGAGGAAGUUCACGCGCUUUUUCUGCGAAUACAGUAUUUGGUCCUAGAACAGAGUGAGGUCAUACAACGUGUGGAGUUCCAUGCGCAACAGGCCACUUUAUAUGUGGACAAAGGUGCCGAAGAGCUGGAUAAGGCUGAUAAAUUACACAAAAAGGCUAGAAAGAAAAAAAUUAUUCUAAUUUUAAUAGCAAUAAUUGUUUUACUGGUGCUAAUUUUAAUUGGUGUCUUCCUGUGAUAAACACGAGUCACUCUCCCCCACCUCUCCCCAAUUUCGGACGCAUUCCGGGAAUCCAAAUUUAAUGUUUAAGUUUAAGUUAGAACAAAAUGUGUGCUGUCAUCUGCUGUUAAGGUUUUUAAGUUAUUUUAAGCUACAACUGAAAAAAAAAACAACAACAAAAACAAAAUAAGUAUUAAAAUCCAAAGAAUAUACUACCAAAAAAAGAAUAUG